CGACGAUAUCGGCCUAUGCUUUCUUCAAAUCGUCGCGUCAACAGAAUCUUCACCCAUGAAUUUGUUUUCGGACACCCGCAUGGUGCGGUUGCUUGACGAGAUGCCGACAUCUUCGAGUCUCCUAACGGCGGAUCGACUGAUCUCCCAUGAGAUCAUUCUUAACGUCGGUGUCGUGCGGUCGAAAGGAUGCAUCUAUCGCAUGAGCGAGGAAGAGCUCGUGGUUCUCCACGCGCAACUUGAUGACUUGUUGGAGAAGGGUUGGAUCCGCCCUAGUAGCUCACUAUAUGGUGUGCCAGUUCUCUUUGUACGGAAGAAGAACAAGGAUCUUCACUUGCGCAUCCACUAUCGCAAACCCAAUGUGCAAACCAUCAAGAAUGUCGGGCCUCUUCCUCGUAUUGACGAUCUUCUCGAGCGUUUGGGUGGCGCGAAGUGUUUCUCGACGUUGGAUUUGAAGUCGGCCUAUCAUCAGAUUUCGGUACGCCCACAAGAUCACUACAAAUCCACGUUCAAGAUGCGGUACAAACAUUUUGAGUGGGUUGUCAUGCCUUUUGACCUCACCAGUAACCCGACGACUUUUCAAGCGGUGAUGUCGAACGAGUUCUGCUUAAUGUUGGACCGGUUUGUGCUGGUCUACUUGGGCGACAUUCUCGUCUACAGCCGGACCUUGGAGGACCAUCUCGAGCACCUUCGACACGUGUUGGAGACGCUCCGUUGCGCCAAGUACAAAGCCAACCGCGAUAAGUGCGAAUUCGUACGGCAAGAAUUGGAGUACUUGGGCCAUUUUGUCACACCGGAGGGCAUUAGUCCGUUAUCGGACAAAAUUCAAGCCAUCCAAGAGUGGUCGGAGCCGCCGAACGUCAUGGAUGUCUCUUCGUUUCUUUGCCUUGCCGGCUACUAUCAACGCUUUAUAAAAAGCUAUUCAAAGAUUGCAGACAACUUGACCAAGCUUCAAUGCGAGGAUCGACUGUUCGACUUUGGUGACGAUGCGCGGGCUUCCUUUUUGGCCCUCAAAUCCGCGGAGGUUUUGUGUAUCUACGACCCGCUUUUGCCGAUGGGCGUCGCUACCGAUGCGUCCGACUAUGGCAUUGGUGCCGUCCUCGAGGAACAUGAUGGUGUGGAUUGGCACCCGGUCGAUUACUUCAGCAAGAAAGUGCCCACCGUUUACUCGAUUGACGACGCACGAAAGGAGUUAUUGGCCUAUGUACACGCGCUUGAGCACUGGCGGCAUUUUCUUCUAGAAGCAAUUGCCAUGGACAUCACUGGGUCGUUCCCCAAGCACAAGAUCGGUGUGGAUGGGAUUCUUACGAUGGUCGAUCAACUCACCAAGUUUGCCAUGUUUUUCUCUUUCCGCUAUCAUGCCAAGGCACGAGAGUUGGUCGAGGUUCUUUACAGUGGUUGGAUUCGAACCAAGGGUUACCCCAAGGAGAUCGUUUGCGACCGCGACACUCGGUUCAUGUCCGAUUUAUGGUUGGCGCUCGUCAAACGAUGGGGCUAAUUUCUCAAGCCGAGUUCGGCUCGUCACCCCCAAACCGAUGGCUAAACGGAGAGGGCAUUAAACUCCACAGGUUCUUCUUCGCACUCUCAUCCGUCGGGACCAAGAGGACUGGUUUGAGCGGUUGCCGGAUGUCUAG